AUGGCAGUCGAUGGUCGAGCCCAAUCGCCUGAUUUCGCGGCUGGGGAGGCGGAAUACCUCCAGAAGAUAAAGUCAAUGUUCCAUGGUUUACAGGCGCAGUACGAGAACGAGAAGAUUUCCAACCAGCGCGAAUUUGAACGAGACCAGCAAGCCACUGAACAAGGCAUUCGUGAUCUAGAAGACAGAUGUCGUGAUCUAGAAAGGAAGAUGGUUGAGAUAAAGGACGCGCAGAGGAAAGCUGUUCAGGAGCUGGAGCUCAAAAAGGAAGAAAACAGACGGAGAAAGACGGCAUAUGAAGAAUUAGAGACUUUACGACGAAGAAAAUACUCUGCGCACCUUGGAGGGGAUCUCGCGGCCACUUUGGGACUCAUGUUGGGUCCGCGUUCUGCUUUAAACGAGCAUAUUUUCUCUGAAUGCGAGACUGCUCAACCGCCUGAACGAGACAGAGGUCAGCCUUCAUGCCGCAGUAACCAAGAGGCCGAUCGGAAUGCAAUGGACUCGGGCCAGGGAUCCGAUGUAUCGUUCAGGGGCCCAGACGCCUGCGUGAACGACGAAGCAGAGCAUAACUCUGCGUGCAUCGCGCCUACGGCCAAGAACUACAAAUCCUAUCAUAUGGCUUCCAUUGGAUCAUCGUACCAAAGUUUGAAGAUUGACCAGCGCCAGCAGACAAAUAAUGCGACGAAGGCCCGACUAGGAAAGCGAAAACGCGUCCCUACAGCCAAAGCCCAGGCUCUGAGAGGCAAGCCGAGCUCACAGCUGGAGGAGCUUGGCGGCGAUCAGUCGAAGCGCAAUACAGUCCUGCCCGCGGAUGGAAUCUCCAGUGCGGGCGGAAGUGUAGACAUUUACGAGUUCCAAAUCACAACGCCUGAAGCAUCGGAACAGCCGAAUAAGCGCCCAAGGGCGUCCAGAUCGAAUAGGGCAAGGAGGGGUGGUCAACAAAAUCUUUGUCCAGCCUUACACGAACCAGACAAUUUAGGUCAUCAUCCAGUGUCAAAGAAUCUCAUUAUACCUGGAGUUGGUUCGCUAUUCAAGAAACGGUGGAGUCUAAACAGUUGGCACACCUUGAUGGUCUUUCCUGUGGGUGACUUGAACGGAGUCGGCUUAUCCGGCCACAUUAGCGACACUGUACUGUUCAAGCAGGAGGGCAACCCGAAAUGUUUUACUUACAGCGGCAAAGAAGUGACGGGGUGGGCGGAAGGUUAUGAAGAUGGGGGCCCCCGUGUCGCUCAACGCGUUUUGCCUUGCCUAUUCUUCCACGAUAUGUUCCACGUUCCAUCGGCCGAGACAGAGUAUGACGUUUCAGACUUACCAGAUCAAGCCUUACUACGUUGGAUGAAGGCAGAAGACCUCGUGCCGAUCGAUUUUAAGCAUAAAGGUAAGACAUUUGGUUUGAAGCCAGCCCAGAAAUUCAAGGCAAGCCUGGGCGUUAUCAACGAGCGAAGAGCUCUGGCAUCUCGCCAGGCCGAGCCAAGUCAAGACGAUUCCGUGGACUACGAACAGGACCGACAAUCACAAGAGCAAGCGCAGCAAUUGAAUCAAUCAGACAUGGGUGCUGCUCAGCCUGCUAAUCACAGAGGGGAGCAAGCUCGAACUCAACCCCACGAGGCGAGUUUUGUACAUGAACUUUCCGAGGAAGUGCCUCCCACCACUAUUUCUCCUAAUUCACCGCGCGAAACUCAGGCAACACCAACUACGAGCCCGACGCAGGAGAAUGUGCAAGACUCACCCACGGAACGGGUCCAAAUAACUGAGGUCCCAACAACUGAGGUCCCAACAACUGAGGUCCAAACAACUUCACCAAUGGGUCGAGAUGGUCUCGAGCAAGACGGAACUAGUUCUCAUCAGAGUCAAGAGAAAGAUGGCGACCAGCAGCAACCAAUCACAGACACGACAGGAGAUACAAUCGUUCAGCAGCCACACCAGGGUUCAACAUUAGAACCCAUGCUACCUGGUCCUCCUCAGACCAACGCUGAUGAUGCAGAGUCUGUUAACGGCAGGGCCGCCCAAGGUAAUGGAAAUGAGAGUCUUGAUUUGGACGGGAUGUGUUGGCUGGAUGCAGCCCAGCGGCGGCAGUCCCAAGCGAUAUCAGACGAGCCCGGACACCAUAACUAUCCUCAUCUGCUCGUUGAUCCAGUCAAUGCUGGCAAUUCGGGCUUGAUAGAAGUGGCAUCCAAGGCCUUAGAGGCUCAGGGACCGGCACUGGUCGAAACUUUCCAGAACCCCGAGUCAGAUGCCAGGCAGAUGCGAAUUUUUCAAGGAGACUUCAUGGUUGCCAACUGGGUCAAAGGCUACGAGCCCUGA